AUGGACCACCCCCAGACACCGCGCAUCCUUGCCCCGCACCUGUCCAACUUCCAGCACCGGAUCGUGCGCAUGCUAGGGAAGGUAGUGCAAUUGCGUGGCGAGACGGCGGUGAUUGAUGCCGGAGGCCAAGUCGACGUUAUUCUCAACAGGGACUCCCAUCUUGCUGUUGGCCAUGCAGUUGAAAUUAUCGGAAAGGUAGACCAGAAUUUGCAUGUCAAGGUACAAGCAGUCACGGAUUUCGGCACGAAUAUUGACUUCAACGCGGCUAAUGCCGUUGUGGAUGCUACACACCGAUACAAAGAGAUUUUCUACGACGACAAAUAA